AUGGUUCAUAUGGGGCAGUGUUGGGAUUUCGGCACUACGCGGGUAGCGGUCCAUUCGAACUGGGAGACUGCUUCUCCCGAAGGAAGCGGCCGCAAACUCUGCGAGAAUGUUGAAGCGGGAGCUAAUGAUGGAACUCGCGCCGGAGACAAGGGCUCGUCCCACGGAAACGAUGACGACGACGACGCUAUUUUUAGCGAAGUGCAGACUCAAGCCUUCGCGCCGAGUCGCAACGAUUUACGAGACGACCCGACUGGUCCCCCACCUACGAGCGAUAAGCGCAAACCUCCGAAGCUCAAAAGCGCUUUCGUAACCGCCGGCGGUAGAAGCACAAGCGUCUCGUACGAGGCUCUUCAGGCGGCCAGGAAGAAGUUGGAGGACAUUAGCGCUCCGCCCACGCAGAGCACUCCGACUGCCGAAAUUGACACGGGUUUCAAGAGCGGACGAGGCGAUGCUGUGAAGGUAUCUCUCGGGGCUCUGAGUGCGAGCAAGAAAGUUCUAGAGAGAGCCGACGAUCGAGCCGGCUCGCAGCCUUUACCAGAGUUCCGGGUUGACGAUCCCGAGAGGAAACCGACGGCUCCAUCGACCUCGAAACCGAUCAUCCCAUCGGGGAGCUCGGGAUACAGGAACCAAUCGACGCCGGUGCUGGGCUUCAGAACGGCCCGGGGCACGGCCCAGAAGGUCUCGGAGAAAGCGCUCAAACAGGUCCGUCUGAUGUUCCGGGAGGAGUUUUCUGAGGUUCCGGACGACGACGGUCACAUUGAGGAGCCGAAAAAGGAGACGGAAGCUCGCGUGGCUUCGGGAUUCUCCACAGCGCGGGGUGAAUCCAUGCUGAUAUCCACGGAGAACAUGGAUAACGCGAGAAAAUUGUUGGAAGAUACCGAUCAAGGGAAGGAUAAGCGGUUGUCCGGAGCACAGUCCCACACAGACGCUCAAUCGGAUAGCAGAUGCCCGGUCCGGGAUAUCUCGAAGGACCGAAUCCAAGAUUCCAAAACUCCCGCAAGGAGAAUCGCCGGGCUCAAGCGUCGAACGCCCAUGUGUCAAACGCCGCUGAACUUGUUGAGCUCCCCCAUAACGCCGCUACAAGCACCCUCAAGAUCAUCCAACUCCAAUGCAUCCAAAUUGAGUGCAUCGACUCCCUCGCGAUCCAUUCAACAAGAGAAGUGCUUGAUCAAGAAAUCGCGUCUCCUGGAGGGCAUGAAAGAAACGGGGACAGGGGAACACACUCCGUACCGGAAGAAACUCACAGAUCUCACUUUGAUUGACAAUGCUUGCGCCCAAGCCGACUCCUCCAGGUUUCGGGAUGAUAUUAGCGGUCGCAUUGUCUACCUCGACGAUGUCAAACGGAGUUUCAGGCGGGAAAUCGAAGUUCAGUCGUCCAAUUUCGACUCAUGGUUCGCGAAUCAUUUCGAGAUGGUUGUGUGGAAGUUGGCGAGCUACAGCAGUCGUGUCAAAGAAUUGGCAGGCUGUUUGAUCUUCGAGAAUGUUUUGGAUCAAUUAGAACACCGGUGGAACGUGGAACUGAACGGCCAAAGGAGUCCCCUGAGAAUGAUUGUCGAACGUGACGCUCCGGCUGAGGCUACAUUAGUGCUCUUGGUCAAAGAUGUACAGUCCAAGUAUUUGAUCGUAUCGGAUGGAUGGUACUCGGUUCCCUGCGACGUAGACGGUCCUCUCCAGUCGUUGAUGACGAAGGGACUGCUUCGGAUCGGUCAGAAACUCUGCGUCUGUGGAGCACAGCUCAGGGGAGCUCCGAACGGGGUGGAUCCUCUUCAGCUGGAAGAUGCGAGACUCUCGAUACGAUAUAAUUCGACGCGAAGAGCUCGGUGGUACGCUAAAAUGGGCUAUCUGAAGAAAAGUCUUCUAGUUCCUCUCUUCUCCGUGGUGCUCGAUGGGGGUUGUUUACCCGCAGUUAGAGUCAAAAUCUCUUCGUGCUCACCUCUGAUGUUCUUCGAGAAGUUCUCUCAGGGCGGCAGCAUCGUGCGGCCGGAGGCUGCGGAGCGAAAGGAGCGGAAAAAUUAUUGCGAGCAGAUCGAAUCGAUCCAAGAGAAGAUACGCGAAGAAGUUUUGAGAGAAUUGGAAUUAGAGCAAAACUCCAAACGAGUGACUCGCACCCGGUCGCGUUUGAAGCCUUCCGUGGCGAAGUUGAGAACAGGUGAAGAGAUCCAUAGCGCGUUGGAGAGCAGCGUCGACCCCACACAGCUCAUGGAGGAGUUGAGUUCUUCGCAAAGACGGUCCUUGGAAAGCUAUCGAAGGACUGUAGAGGACAAGUUCUUGGAAAGGCUACGAGAGGAAACGAGCCGGCGUUUCGAAGAGAUGAAACAGCGUCAUGAGUGUCCACAGGAAAGAAUCGUCGCCCCAUUGCUCAAGCUGAUGGUGUGUUGCUCCUUGAGCAAUAUCGAAGUCCCGCUCACUGUCUGGCGGCCGUCCGAAGAUCUGAGGGCUAUGCUCCGCGUGGGGGCUAUAGUCACAAUCUACCGAGCAAACGUGACAACUUGCCGGAAGUUCCCAUUCGGUCUGACCACAAAGACCAACACCGCUUUCGAGUUGUUCGAAGAAAGCAUGGAACAACAAAGACCUCGAAAGGAAGCGCGGCUCGAAUGA